AUGGCAGCGUUCAGUUCUCCUCAGGGAGUGUUGCCAAUGCAGCAGAGCACCCUGAAGCAGAAGAGGCGAGAGCGCACUUUCUUCACAGAUGAACAGCUGCAAGAGCUUCGAGAUUACUUUGAGCACAACAGGUACCCCAGGUUCUGCGAGCAAGAGGCCCUAGCACAGAAACUGAACCUCAAGGAGGACAUCGUGAGGGUUUGGUUUAAGAACCAGCGCGCCAAGCUCUUGAGAGCAAAGAGCAAAGCCCCAGGACCAGCACAGGGGCUGGCAGUGCACCAGCCCAUCACCACAAAUCCUGCUGUCCUCCAGUCUCCAGUGGCCCCUACAACCGACAACCCAAGCGCCGAGUGCUCAGCUCCUGCUGCUUGGGUGAAAAUCCAGAAGGCCACCCCCAUUGCCCCAGCCCCUCCCUGCAUGGGGCAGACCAAGACCCAGAGGAAGCGCACGUUCUUCACUCAACAACAGCUGCAGGGGCUCAAGAGAUCCUUUCAGCACAACCAGCACCCAGGCUAUGGAGAGAUCCUGGCCUUGGCACAGAAGCUGCAGCUGAAGGAGGACCGAAUCUCCGUGUGGUUCUCCAACCAGAGGGCCCGGGCAAAGGACAAGUCGACGACUCAGCCUCAAGGCCUUCAGGAUACCCAUGUUUAUGUCCCAGCAAUGACCCCCACUGAUGGACGUCCCCUGAGGCAAACUGCUGCUGUGCCCCAAAGCCCUGGAUGCCAGGUUUCAGAUGAGCCCAUGGUUUCAUUGGACCCAGCACCUGCCUGCAGCUCCAGAGCCACACCAUCAACUCCAGACCCUGCAGGCCCCACCAGCACAGAGUGCCUGGAACCCAACAGUGGCAGUACCCCAUUCUGGGGCCCUGAGAACACAGUGGACCCUUCUCCGUCGCCAUCCACCGCCUAUCCUGUGGACCCCUCGGACCUACGGUUGUUACCGCCAGAUAACCAGCUACUCUACAAGGAAAUCGACGACCAGCUGGAAUACUAUGAUUUGGACUCCCGCCUCCCCUCCUCAGUUGAGAACCCUGACAUAGCGGAUGAGAGAGCUUCUUGCCCGCAGGAGGCUGACACCCUGGGCCUUGGAGAUGUGCAGAGCCCAUAUGCCCACGGCUUGUGCUGGCCUUUCACCCAAGCAUUGGCCCCUUCCCCUGUGGAGCCUGCCUUCUCAGCUGCCCCAAUGGCCUGUGGUCUCACUCUGCUCAGCCCUGUGGCCAGCUGCUCCACCCAGGAGCCCAGUCUCUCUAUGCAAGGCCAGGCCUUCGGGGCGCCUUCGCAGGGAGCCCAGGCAUACCCUACCCCUGAGUGCAAGGAAGAGGACACCCCGAGGCCACUCCUCCCCCUGAUCCCACUUGUCUUCCCAGAGCUCCUGCCCGACAUCCAAGACGAACACAUCUUUGACUACUUCUGGGAGCAGAAAUAG